GUCCACCAGGUUUGUACCUUGCUGUGAUCCCCUACAGGUUUUGCAUUUAACUGGCAGAUUCCUCUCAUCCUAACAAAGCAGCAGUGAUACACUGAAGAGUGGACAUCUCUGGUAGCUGUACUUGGGUGAAAUUUCCUUUUGGUCUUCUGCAUUUUGUUGCAUGUUCCCUGACAUGUGGGCAUAAAUAUAAAAAAAAAAAAAUGAGUGGGGAAAGCAAGAGUGCAAGUGUUUCAGGAAACCUGGCUUUGGAUGACUCUGGGAAAGGACUCUCCAUUAGAGGAAAUGCUGAAAACACAAUUGCUGCAAAAAGUGGCCUUAAAGUUGAGGAUGAAAUUGUGGCAGCUACGAUAAAUCUUGGCAACCUUGACAAAGAUGAUGUGCAGAAUAUCCUAGAGACCCUAAAGCCAUAUGAAAACAAUAUGAAAGUUCUGACGAAAAAGGACCUGAGUGCUGGUGUUGCCCUUGACUCAUUUGGAUUGGGUCUCAAAGACACUACAGAGGGACUCCUGAAGAAUGAUAUUUUGCUGGAUGCAUCAGCUGACCCACCAGCUGUUUCCUUCAAUGGUCUCAGUGGAGGGCUUAAUGCUAAACAUGGGAUGGAUGGUAAAAUAAAUGGCCCCACUCUCAAUGGAGACCUCCCCAAACUUGGCCUAAAUAAGCCAGCAGGGGAUGUUGGUGCUACACUGACAAUGCCAUCCAUAGGAAUACCAGGAUCAGAUAUAAAGGCAGAUCUUGACAGCUCUCUUCAAGCUCCAGAUAUCAGUGCCUCAGCUUCACAACUAAAAAUGCCAAAUACAUCCUUGGAAAUUGAUAAACCAGACCUUAGAACCGGCAAAUACCAGGCACCAAAGUUCAAAAUGCCAAACUUCAAACUUGCAAAAAUGGAACAACCAAAAACGGAAAUGGACAUAUCUGGUGACAUAGAUCUUCUACCUGCAAGCAGAAAUGUAGAUGCACCAAAAUACAAUCCUCCAGAAUUUGAAACUGCAAGUCCUGAAUUGGAUCUCAAUGGCCCAAACGUGGACAUGAAAUCUCCCAAUAUAAAAUUAGAAGCCCCCAAUACCGAUAUUGAGGCACCCUCUGGCAAAUUUAAAUGGCCACAUUUAAAAUGGAAAAGUGCCAAAGUUAAAGGACCAGAUGCUGACCUAAAUGCUGAAAUGUCAGUACCUGAUAUCAAUGUUCCCACAGCCAAGGUUGGUGGUGAUUUAAGUGGGCCAGAUGUCGAUAUUAACUUGCCUAAAGCUGACAUCAAAGGCCCUGAGGUAGAUGUUGAGACUCCUGAUCUUGACCUUAAUCCCCCAUCUGGUAAAAUCAACUGGCCCCACUUGAAGUGGAAGAAACCAAAAUUUCAUGGCUCAAAAGAUGGUCUGGAUAUAGAUGCGAACAUUGAUGCACCAGACGUUGACCUUUCUGUUCCAAAGGUGAAGGGGGGGCUUGAUGCCCCAGAAGUUGACAUAAACUUACCAAAGGCAGAUAUGAAAGGCCCAGCUCUGGAUGUUCAAACCCCAAACAUUGAUGUUGAGGCUCCAUCUGGUAAAAUUGAUUGGCCCCACUUGAAGUGGAAGAAACCAAAAUUUCAUGGCUCAAAAGAUGGUCUGGAUAUCGAUGCGAACAUUGAUGCACCAGACGUUGACCUUUCUGUUCCAAAGGUGAAGGGGGGGCUUGAUGCCCCAGAAGUUGACAUAAACUUGCCAAAGGGAGAUAUGAAAUGCCCAGCUUUUGAUCUCCCCAAAGCUGACCUAGAAGGUCCCAAUGUAAAUGUUCAAACCCCUGAUAUUGAUGCGCCCUCAGGAAAAAUCAACUGGCCUCAUCUGAAAUGGAAAAAACCCAAAUUGCAUGGCCCAAAAACUGAACUGGAUCCAAGUUUAAAUGCACCAGAUGUUAAUCUCUCAGCUCCAAAGAUUGAUGGAAAAAUUAAGUCCUCAGACGUUGAUCUAAAUUUACCUGAAGCUGAUAUUGAAAAACCAGACAUAAACAUGGAUUCUCCCUCUGGAAAGAUCAAAUGGCCCACUUUUAAAAAGCCCAAGUGGGCAAUCUCUCAACCGAAGGUAAAUGGUCCCGACAUUGAUUUAGAUGCUGACGUUUCUGGCCCUGAUCUCAAUCUCUCAGCGCCAAAGAUUGAUGGAAAACUUAAGUCCUCAGACGUUGAUCUGAAUUUACCUGAAGCUGAUAUUGAUGUUGGAAAACCAGACAUAAACAUGGAUUCUCCCUCUGGAAAGAUCAAAUGGCCCACUUUUAAAAAGCCCAAGUGGGCAAUCUCUCAACCGAAGGUAAAUGGUCCCGACAUUGAUUUAGAUGCUGACGUUUCUGGCCCUGAUCUCAAUCUCUCAGCGCCAAAGAUUGAUGGAAAACUUAAGUCCUCAGACGUUGAUCUGAAUUUACCUGAAGCUGAUAUUGAUAGUUGGAAAACCAGACAUAAACAUGGAUUCUCCCUCUGGAAAGAUCAAAUGGCCCACUUUUAAAAAGCCCAAGUGGGCAAUCUCUCAACCGAAGGUAAAUGGUCCCGACAUUGAUUUAGAUGCUGACGUUUCUGGCCCUGAUCUCAAUCUCUCAGCGCCAAAGAUUGAUGGAAAACUUAAGUCCUCAGACGUUGAUCUGAAUUUACCUGAAGCUGAUAUUGAUGUUGGAAAACCAGACAUAAACAUGGAUUCUCCCUCUGGAAAGAUCAAAUGGCCCACUUUUAAAAAGCCCAAGUGGGCAAUCUCUCAACCGAAGGUAAAUGGUC